GCCAGUAAAGCCAUAAGAGGUUAACCGAAUUAGCGAGAGAGGAGAGAGAGAGCGGCGCUAGAGGGCAGUAUUGAUCCCUGCCUGGUCCAGCCGUACAGCCAGCCAGCCAGCCAGACAGACGUGUAGUAGACGCGCGGUGUUGUAGAUCACGUGAUUGGUCAUCGAUGAGUCGUGACAGUUCUCCCUCGCCGCAACAAGUCAUUUGAAAAUGGUGGAAGAUGAUCUCAAGUCCAUUGAUCACUGCCCUGGAGCAGGACGAGCAAUUCCUCGCUACUGUGCUACGGAGCAGCGAGCACGACCCUCAUUUGAGAUUGGACCAGCUGGAGAUGGAGACUGGGCUAGCUCCAGAUGUAUACAACAACUCAGUCACUAAGGUCCAUGUCCGUGGUCGUAAGGGGAAAACUCUGAUGCAGUUUUAUAAGACACUUGUGAUCAAAAGAUGCCCGGAGCAACAGACUCGUCAGAAAGACCCCGCAUUCUGUAAUGAGGUGACAGUGUAUAGCAGUGUUUUACCUGCCCUGCUACAGUGGACCCAGGACCCGAGUCUGUUACCGUUUCCUGCCUGCCUGCACACAUCCAAUAGUGUCAUUGUGCUCGAGGAUCUCUCCUCCAGUGGGUUCCUUACUGGCAACCGAAUCAAAGGACUUGACCUAGAUCACUCAAUACUUGCCUUCCAGGCGUUGGGGAGAUUCCAUGCAGUAUCACUAUCUCUGAAAUACCAGAACAGAAGAGCUCUGGACAACAUUCUGAGUCAAGUGCAGGAAGUGGUCUUCGUUCCUGAGGCAGCUCCAGUAUUCGGUGUAUCUCUGGAGAACGCGUUGGAGCUUGCCGUCACAUCUCUCAAACAUUGCCCUGAGCAGGUCAUAUUUGACGCAGUGCAAAUACUACAGAGUUUACAAGGACGGACUUUUCGGACACUGAUGUCUCUUUUAACGCCAAAAGAGCCAUUAAGCGUAAUUUGCCAUGGUGACUUUUGGAUAAAUAAUGUAAUGUUUCGCUAUAAAAAUAAUAAAGUGUCCGAAGUAGCUUUCACAGAUUUACAGGUGGUAAGAUAUAGUUCGUUGGCUACUGAUAUUUUGCAUUUCAUGUACACAAGUUUAGAACCGGGGCUAUCAAGAGAUUACAGUGAUGAACUGCUCAAAGUGUACCAUAAAAGUCUUUCAGAAACAAUGGCUAAAAUAGCACCGUCAGCACCCCCCAUUACAUUGGAAGACAUAUCAGACGAAAUUGAAAGUCACGCUUUGUAUGGACUACUUAUGAGUUUCCUAGUCCAGCCUAAUAUAGCCAAUAGUGCCAAGAAACUGGAGAAUUCAUCUCAAUAUUUUAAUAACUUUUCUCUGUCCUACUAUCAAAGAGUCAAAGAUAUUGUUCUAGAAUUUGCUGACAAAAGUUUUAUAUAAAAA